UUCAAGCUUACAAUCAGACUACAGUCAUUCAAAUCUUCUGGCUUUGAAAAUGUCAACAACUCUGUAUUUAAUCGGUGGUCAUGGAGGUCAUGAGUUUUCCUUCACCGGUAAGAGUAAUGGUGCCAGUUUACAGAGGAUCUGGGUUUGGGUUGGAGGAUCACAGGUGAAUGCGGUCAGGGCCUGGCUUACAGACGGAAGAAAAGAAACCUUCGGUAAACCGGAGGGAUCGUAUGAAGAGUAUGUGUUUCAGACCGGUGAACUCAUCACAUCAUUGUCUCUGUGGGGAAACGGAAUGGGAACGCGUCUCGGAGCCAUCAAAUUUGAAACCAAUCGUGGAGGAAGAUUCUUUGUGUCAAUGACAAGCUGGGGUUUGAAGACAGAAUAUCCUAUGAAUGUUGGCUCUGGUUUCUGUCUGGGAAUUGUGGGAAGAUGCGGACGAGAAAUUGACCAGAUGGGUUUUUUGUUUCUUGAUAAAAUACAAUCAGUAGUUCUCACCAAUGUCAAGUAUCCCACUCUUUCCCAGAUGAAACCGUGUGUCACACUGGAAGAAAUGAUAUCUAGUACCUAUAAAAAUGAAACCUCCGUCAGUCUAGAGCAAACGAGUGGAAGCUCAAAGAAAAUAACCAAAUCGUCCUCUUGGUCUACAAAAGAAAGUGUUACCAGAGCAUUCUCUAUGGAGGUGAAGGCUGGGAUUCCUGGGAUUGUAGAAGUUUCCGGUGGAUUCAAGUAUACAGUAGGAACAGAAAACACUUACAGUAGAGAACAUAAGGAUGAAAGAACCCAAACCGAAUCAUUUAAAAUAGUUGUUCCACCGAAGAAGAAAGUGGAUGUCCAUAUCACCAUAGGCAUGUGUAGUUUUGAUGUUCCUUACACCGGUACCAUAAAGGUCACGACUGAAGAUGGUGCUGUGUUAAAUUAUGAAACCAGAGGUCAAUACAAAGGAGUCACUUACACUGAAAUUAAUGUAGACACCAAAGAAUCUAUUGUGUGAUAUCAAGACUACAUACAGAAAUUCAUUUCUUUAUUUGAUUAAUCAAUCUUUCUACAUUUAAUUGCAUAAUUUCCUAGGUGUUUAAUUUCAAAAUGAAUAUUUUCAAGUUAAAGUUACUUAAGUUUUCUACUUAAGAUGAAAGAAUACAUCACCUGUAUAAUCAUUUAUUGCUUUACGUUAUGUGAUUUCUAGAUGAUAUUUCACUUUCAGUCAGUCAGCUGACAUUGGCUUAACUUAGCACUCUCUUCUUAUUACAUUAUUACUACGCUUGCCAGUUUGGUUUAAUCUAUAUACUGCUACUUAUGUUGUCCAUUGAUUUUUCUGUGA